AUGCUCGACGACACGCCAGCCACGACGCCCAACACGACUCGAUCCCGUUCACCCACCGCGACCACCGUCAAAGCAUGCUGGACCACCCUGAUAACCAAACCUCAAUACCUGCAAGGUCUCGUCGUACUGCAAUCAUGCCUCCAAGCGGUUCAGAGUCGGUACCCGUUGGUGGUCAUGGUCACCCCCACGCUGGACAAGCAGAGCAGGGAAGUGAUCGCCGGCAGGGGGAUGGAGAUGGUCGAGGUGGAGAGUCUGAGACCGGUCGACGAGGGAGCCAACGGCGGUGGAGGAGUUUUCGAGAGGUUUGGGGACACGUGGACAAAGUUGCGGGCGUUCGAGUUGGUCCAGUGGGAGCGGGUAGUCCUCCUCGAUUGCGACAUGGUCGUCCUUCAGAACAUGGACGAGCUGAUGACCCUCCCCUUGCCCUCUACCGAAUGGAUCGCCGCGGCACAUGCGUGUACCUGUAAUCCGAGAAAAAUACCUACUUACCCGGAGGAUUGGGUCCCGGAAAAUUGCGCUUACACACCCCUCACGCACCCAACCGCCCUGUCCUCCCCAACCCCUGCAGCCAACAUCUCUCCACUCCUUCCCACUCCCUCUGGUACCCUGCCUUCCCGUGGUCACGCCCUUCUCAACUCCGGCCUCGUCAUCCUCCACCCUUCCCACCUUACCUGCCGCACGAUCGAGAAUUACAUCCAAUCCGACCCCGAAGUCCCGAGCUUCAAGUUUCCGGACCAAGACGCCCUGGCUGUGCUUUUCCAGGGAAAAUGGAAGAGCUUGGGAUGGUGUUAUAACGCCUUGAAGACGUUACGGAAGGUACAUCCCGGGGUUUGGAGGGACGACGAGAUCAGGUGUUUGCACUACAUCCUGGAUAAACCUUGGGAACACCUCCGAUCCGACCCUAGCGCAGACGCUACGGGGACCCACGAAUGGUGGUGGGAAAAGUACGAGGACGUAUUGGCCGAGAUGAAGCGGGUGGAAGGGAGCGGGUGGGAGGUGGUCGAUCGAUGGGUCAAGCGAUAG